UCCGGCCGGCUCGGAUAUUGGGCAACUGGACAUUGAUAUCAAUUUACUUUGUGGUGUGCGACCCUCAAAGCUUGUCAGUGUUGUGCAGGCCUGGUCGGAUUGCGAGAAUCAGCUGCAUGAUCUUCGCACAGAAAUCUUUUGCAGCUUAAUUUUACCGAGUUUUCCUCUGCAUGGAAAUUCUGAGAAGCCAGUCUGAGUAGACUUGAAAGCAUUUUCGAUCCCAGGUAAUGGCUCCUGAAAUAAGAUCAAAAGAAGCGAAGUUAAAACGACUCUCCGGGCAAUCUCUCCGUCAGAGGAAAAAACGAUGGCUUUUCACUGGAUUGAGAGCAGAGAGAAACCUAAACGGCUCCGUGCUGGUAUCAGACAGGGGUUCCAAGAUGUACCCAACCGGCUCAAAAUCUGAGGACCGCAAGUCAUUUCUAGAUCCAGAAGAGAAUGAAUUAGUGGAAGUCGAUCUUGACGAUCCCUGGGUGAGAAGGGAAGAUUAUAAACCCAAGAAGUGUACUCACGUUCAAGAUCUUCAGCGAUACUCACCUGAACGUGCUGAAGACUCCCUUUCAUCCGAUACCGUGCUCCUAACAGACGAUAAAGGAUCUUACCUUACAGAUGAUCCCCCAGUAGAGGUUAAAAGCUACAAAAGACGUUUUUAUAUCCUGUUGUUAUUCUCUGUGAUAAGUUUUAGCCAGUACUGCGCGUGGAACACGUAUGGGCCAAUCGCUACUACCGCUAAAAUGGUUUUCAAUUGGACGAACACAGAAAUCGCCUUCUUGGCUAGCAUGGAUCCUAUCACCUAUUUAUGUUCAAUGUUUUUUUUCUCCUGGUUGAUGGAUGAGAAAGGACUAAGACGGAGUGUUCUUAUUUCUUGUGCGUUUAUGUUCGUUGGAACAGCAUUAAGAUGUGUGACGUCAGAUCCGUCCUACGCUAUCUGGUCUAUGGGCGCUGGUCAACUGUUAAAUGGUUUGGCGGGUCCUGUCACUCAAGCUGCGCCCACGCUCCUGUCAUCAACUUGGUUCCCAUCUGAGCAGCGGACUACAUCAACAGCGGUUGCGGCGUUGUGUGGGUCGCUAGGUGUUGCCAUAUCUUUUGUGAUAGGCCCAUUAGUUGUCACAGAUGUUAAAUAUGAGCUGGAUAAGUUGAUACCGGAUAGAGGCAACGUGUCGAAAAAUCUCAGUGAUACUUUAGAUUUGUACCUCAAUGGAAACACUUUAUAUUCAGAAUCUAUAUACCGAGAUGCUAUGUACUAUUGGCCUUUGGACAAUCUGAACAUCAGCAUUCAAAAUGUCCAGUCCAUCAGAAAAGACAGGAAGGAAAAUAGCACUAAUUUACGAAAUCCUGACGAUUAUAGGAGAGUUACAAUCAACAAAGGACUCAGGGAAUUUAAAACGAACAAGGAGGGACUUUUAUUCAAUGAAUGCACCACUGAACAAGGUGUCGUCAAUCAGAGUUUAAUGACUGACGGUAAAAGCGCUUGGGUAAAUCUUGGCCCUUUUAUAAACACUUGUGUGAGUGACCCGUCCCUGUGCCCGAAUGGUUUUACCGUUGCGCUGUGGAUGAAAUAUGAAAUCUUGGACGCUAACGGUCUGCAGUAUUUCAUGGGGACCAGCGGAAACAGAGAUGGUCUUAAAGGAUUUUUAAUUUAUCAAGAUUUUCCUUACGACAAGGAAGACCACUUGGCCAUUAAAGUAGAAAACGGCACGGUGCUAUGGAAACGAAGCUUCUCCGUGCCACGUAGCAAUUGGACGCACGUGACGUUCACGUGGGACGAGCGUGAAGGACUUGUGAUUUACUCGAAUGGUUCUAAUGUGGGUGGGGACCCAAAGGGGAAAACCACCAAACUCGAGAGGAGUUAUUUCACGAUGUUCACUCUCGGAAGACCAAAUAAUGUCUAUGCUUUUUCAAAAGCUGCGUAUGACGAGUUAGCAGUGUGGGAAAGAAAGCUUCAUCCCAGGGAAAUUGAAGCUAUUUAUCAACGAACUGCAGGCAUCGGGAUAACUCCUGAUUUAGAGGAAGCUAAACAGCGACUACUCAAGGACGGAAAAAAAGAAAUUAUGACGUUACUAUAUGUUGAAUGUGGCGUUGUUAUGUUUCUUUUCCUGUUAGUCUGUAUGUACUUCCCAAACAAACCUCCUCUACCACCAAGUAAAUCAGCGAGAAGAAAACGAGAAGACUUCUUCGCCGGCGCCAAACAAAUAUUUAAGAACAAGCAGUUCUGGACUCUUGCGCUGGUUUACGGAGUCACAACUGGUGUGUACAGUGGUUGGGGUGCCUCCUUAGCAGUUAAUCUAGAGACCUUCUCCAUCGGACAGAACGAGGCGGGUUGGAUCGGUUUUUACGCCACAUUAGCUGGUAUCGGAGCAGGUUUAAUCCUGGCAAGGUGCGCAGAUCUGUUUGGCGGCAAAAUGAAACUCCUUCUGCUCGUUCUGUUCUUCGGAGCCGCAGGUUGUUUCUUGUGGUUCUCGCUUCUUUGUCUGAGGAUGAUAGCAUAUGAUGACGCUGCCCUGUACAAAUCCAGUAUUUUAGGAGGAUUUUUCGUCAGUGGUACUAUUCCUCUGUUCUAUGAGCUGACGGUAGAGUCCACUUACCCAGUAGCGGAAGGAAUCACCACAGGAGCUUUGACUAUCAUUAAUAACACUUUUACUGUUAUCUUCCUGCUCGUCUUGAUGGUGCCUAAAGUCGGAACCGAAUGGAUGAACUGGUGCAUGUUUGGAGCAUGUGCGGGCUGUAUUCCAAUACUGCUGGGCUUCCAAGAAAACUACCGAAGACUCAACUUGGACAAAGACAAAAACCCCUCAAAAGAACCCAAGAAAAGGAGAGAAGACAAGAACUUAAAGAGACCAUCAUCUUCUUUCGGUUCAAUUAUCUCAUUUAAACAUCAUAAUGUCGACGAACUAGUUAAGAAACUAGAAAAUACCAGAGAAUCCAACAUAUGAUUUGUAUUUAUAUCUUUAAAAUGUGAUUAUAUUUAUUGACAUAAUGAGGAGCCAGUGAUCCAACUCUGGUUUGUUCCAUUCUAAUUUGAAAUAGGUUAGUGAUUCAUUGCAGAGAUAUGACUUGCGUUUAAAGAUGCAAAUAGGGAAACUUAGACGCCUUUGCAUUAAUGACCCGCGUACAAGACAACAACAAAAACAACAACAACAGUUCAUAGCAAGCAGGUUGAAAUAUGGCAGAGUUCAUCCAUAAACGAUAACACGAGAUAGUCGUGAUAGAUAAAGCAAGCUUUUUUCUUUUUCAAACCCGAGUGAACACAAUACCAACCAAAAUGCAAAGUUAUUAGUAUGAUUGGGCAGGGUUACUCACGAGGCUUAGUCACGGGACGUUCAGCAAGGUGCAUACACACGGAAUGAUAUCCUAAAAAGAAAAACUUAAGUCCUCUACAAUUUUUUUUCUUUUUUUUGUAAGUAACCAUAUAGGACUUCCGUCGCGCUUACUCCCAACUCUCCGCACCGUACGCUAUACAGUUCUUAUGAUGUUAGUUGGAGAAUUUGGUAUUGGAUCAACUUAAACUUCCUAAUUGAUAUUUUGCUUUAUUCUUAGCACUUACCCGCUUAAUAUUGUAUUAAUAUUGUAAGGAGAAAUUCUGUCUUGGUCACUCAUGGGAGUUAAAGGGUUAAGAGAUUGUAAGUUUCUGGGAACCGGAUUUCAAUUUAAAUUGUGGGUGUCUACUGCAGUGUCUUACAUCUAACCAUGGUCCUCCGUUUUAGGAGCUUGACUGAUUAAAUAAUAAUAACGACCGCCAUAAGGAAAAAGGGUAUUUAACAAGUAUUAAGAUGAUGCCAUUAAGGGAGAACUGACGCAUGUUCAGAGCAUGCGCGGGUUGCUUCAGCUGUCUUUUUCAUUGAGGGCCUAACAUUGAUUCAAUGGUUUUGACUGAGGUAGAUUAAACUGGUGGUAAAGCGGUAAAUUACAAUAGUAAUUCUUAAUAUUUGCCAUUUGUCAAGAAAAAAUCUUUUUUAUCUGAAAUAUCGCUGGCGAACAGUUUCUAAAUGUACUAAAUACAUCAAUAAAUUAAUAAAAGUUUUAUUAAAUGGGGACAAAAAAAUACUCAAAACAAUCGCUUAAAAAUUAUCUUUAAAUAAAGGACUUUGUACGAAAAAAGAUU